CCUUGCUAGUGCAGAACACACUGCGCAGUGCGCAGACCUAAACGGAAGUCAGCCUCUGAGCCAAGAGGAUCCACGUGACACCGUGCGCAAAGCUUGUGCGUCGCUCUAGUGACGCAGAGCGGCGCCUUCAUUGUGUCUGGGUGAAUUGCGAGCUGGCGAUGCUUAAAAUUGAUUUUUCAGAUAUUUUAAUAGUUUAAUCUGUGAAUGGCGCCAAAACAGGACCCUAAGCCUAAAUUUCAAGAAGGUUUGCUUUGAUUACGUUGCUCAGAUAUUUCAUCCCUGUCUGGCCCAGGUGAACGUGUUCUCUGUUUUCAUGGGCCAUUGCUCUACGAAGCUAAGUGUGUAAAGGUUAAUAUAAAGGAAAAGCAAGUGAAGUACUUCAUACAUUACAGCGGAUGGAAUAAGAACUGGGAUGAAUGGGUUCCUGAGAGCAGAGUGCUCAAAUAUGUGGAUACCAACCUGCAGAAACAAAAGGAGCUUCAAAAGGCUAAUCAGGAACAAUAUGCAGAGGGAAAGAUGAGGGGUGCAGCACCGGGCAAGAAAAUUGCUGCUGUGCAGCAGAAAAAUGUUGAAUUGAAAACAAAAAAGAACAAGCAGAAAACUCCUGGGCCAGGUGAGGGGACCAGCACGUCCGAAAUGCCGCAGCCCCCCAGGAAGAAACGGGCACGCGUUGAUCCCACAGUGGAAAGUGAGGAAACAUUUAUGAACAGAGUGGAGGUGAAAGUAAAGAUCCCAGAAGAGUUGAAGCCGUGGCUUGUGGAUGACUGGGACUUGAUUACAAGACAAAAACAGCUGUUUCAUCUACCUGCCAAAAAGAAUGUCGAUACUGUCUUAGAAGACUAUGCAAAUUAUAAAAAAUCAAGAGGCAACUCUGAUAACAAGGAGUUUGCUGUUAAUGAAGUGGUUGCUGGAAUCCGGGAGUACUUUAAUGUAAUGCUGGGCACACAGUUACUGUACAAAUUUGAGAGGCCACAGUAUGCAGAGAUACUGGCAGAUCACCCCGACGCGCCCAUGUCACAGAUCUAUGGAGCGCCGCAUCUUCUAAGACUUUUUGUUCGAAUUGGUGCCAUGUUGGCCUACACGCCUCUUGACGAGAAGAGCCUGGCACUGCUGUUGAACUACUUGCAAGAUUUCUUAAAAUAUUUAGUGAAGAACGCCUCUGCCCUGUUUAGUGCCAGCGAUUAUGAAGUGGCACCACCUGAAUAUCAUCGGAAAGCUGUCUGAGCUUGCCAUCCAGCAUUCUGCCACACUGGAAGAACAGCCGCAUAGAAUCGGAAGUGUACGCGGUAUCAUGUGGUUUCUAGAGAGUACGUAACGGCUUCAAUCUCAAGAGACUUUUGAAAAGACUAUUAAAGAUUGAUUUAUUGAAUUGGUUGGGCUUUUGGCUUUGAAGGAUUAUUGAAGGGUAGGGGUUGGGAGAUUGCUAAAGGUAAGCCCGAGUGGUUUUUCUAAAUGCUGAGUUUCUUACUGUGCACCCACAGUGUUAUCAGAGUGUUGAGACAAGGGUUGGGAUUCAGUAAUUCUUAAAUGCAAAUGGGCGUUAUGCAUCGGUAUUAGCGGGACAAUUUUUACCGGAUAAUAUACCGAAAUUCAUACCUUUGCAAUUUUCAUGUGAACUGCUGGUCUAAAAUCAGCACAGCAUUUUUAUUGCAGUGUAUUUUUUUUUUAUUACGUUGGAAAUUCAGUAUCCUUUCUAGCGUUUGGAAAAGACUUUGCUUUUAAAGCUUUGACAUAACCUUGUAAAAUAUGUGUCAUGUUUUUUGUAAGACCAGAUAAAAUAUUUGAAGUUCGUUGCAUUUGAUACUGUAUGCAAUACAAAAGGUUACAAUGUUGGUGUUUUUCUUCAUUUGGAAGAAAGUUUCAUUGUUUUAUAUAUAUAUAUAUAUAUAUAUAUAUAUAUAUAUUGUGUGUGUGUGUGUAUAUAUGUGUGUGUGUUCUUUUGUAUUUAAUCAUUUAUCUAGGUCACUGCUAAUCAGAGUUGACAAUUGAGGUUAUGGUCAUGUUUUGUGGUUUCUGUUCAAAGUGGUUAUAGUACCUGUAUUCUAUGAAUGUAAUACAACAAGUACAAAAUGUUAAGAAAAAAAAAAAAAAAAAAAAAGUUCAAAUCAAAGUGCAUAUUUGCUCCUUGUAUAUUUUUGCUACAGAAUAUCUGGGGGAAUUAAAUUGUACACAAAGGACAGUAUUGCCCCCAUAUUAAAACAGCCCCCAUCCCAGCCCUUUCCAAUAAAAUGUUCAAAAUAUUUUCCAUUGUUGUAUAUACACAUUGUAAAUAAAAUCAUUUAAAUACUAAAA